AUGUACACGCUCAACUCUACUUCUAUGCGCCGAUCCCAGCAUUUGCCACAGAAGCAGCACGAAGAGAAACCAUUACGGCAAGUAGCGCAGGCGUCAUCGCCUCAUGGGGGAAUAGAUGGUACGAAAGGUCUUAACGUUCCUCCUUUUGCACCAGAAUUUAUUCAUGGCAAUCCAUUGCCGGUGCCUUUGAGCACUGCUCACUCCACUGGAGUCGAUAUAAAAUGGGCGCCGUCACCGGUAGCACCAAAACCGCCCCCACCGGUUGGCAUGAACACAUACGGAGCGGCGGAUCCAUUGGGCACCAGCUGGGAAACGACAAAAAAGGCAGGGACAAAUUCAGUCUCGCCAGGUGUUUUACUGCGACAGCAGAGGGUGCAAGAAGAACUUGCUCAGGAGAAACUUAGGGUUCAGCAGGAGAUUGCUCUUCAGCAACAGAGGUUACAGCAACAAGAACUCUCUUUGCUUUGCCUCUCUCAGCGGCAAGGAGAUGAGCGUGGGCUGAUACAGCAGCUGGCAAAGUUAAAGCAGCAGCAGCAGCAGCAGCAGCAAAGGACGCAUGCUCCGGUUUCUUCACUGCACCACUUAAGCCGGCCGCAGUUCAAUCAGCAGCAGCAGUCAGUUCAAUUACAGCAACAUCAGCGACAACUGAGACAGCAGCAGUCAAUAAUGACGCAAGAGGGAAUUUUGCCGUUGGGCGAGCAAUGGAUAGACUCGAAAGCAGUGGCGCAUUCAUUGCCUCAGCCAUCGCAACAACAAGGGGGAGUACGGCGAGGCAAUCGGGAUUUUGGGCUCCAGCGCCAGCAGCAGAUCUACAGAAACCAAUCAAUGGGACGGAAGUGGGAGCCCAUAAGCGAAGUUGAAUUUGGUCACAGAACUGGGUCUGGUGAUAACCGGAAGGAUAGUCCUUGUGGAGUGAACGGCGCAGGAACGGUAAAUCAUAUAUUGCCAUCCCUUUCUGAUGAGGAGAUUUUGCACAAGUUUAAAAGCCUUUACGCCCUUCAAACCGAUGACGAGGGGGGUGCAGAGCACCUUCGGGCGCAAGCGAGCACUGCGAUUGGCGUUGUGGGGACUCUUGACGUUGAAAAGUGCCGAAAACUGAUUCGGGACCACGACGUCACAAUUGUUGUGACAGACACAGGCACAGGCAAAAGUACGCUCAUCCCAAAGGCCAUCCUCGAUGGACAGCCGGAUGCCAAGGUGGUAAACGCCCAACCAAGACGCACGCCCGCAAUUAAAUUGGCACAACGCGUCGCCGCAUUGUACGGCGAGAAGGUUGGAAGAAAGGUGGGCUACUGGGUGCGGGGGGAACACGUGGGAACGUUAGGUGAAACCCCAAUUAUGUAUGUGACAAAUUACACUCUUUUUCUACACUUGAUUCACAAUUCUCCUAAUGAUAUUGGCAUUACACACGUUAUAUUUGAUGAAUUUCACGAGCGUACUACCGAGGUUGAGGUACUUCUUCUUAUGAUGAAGCUCGUGAUGCUACGUAAUCCGGGAAAAUUAAGACUGGUGCUUUGCAGCGCCACCGCAGAGGUAUCUAAGUGGAAUUGUUUCUUUGAGAAUUUGUCAGUAGCUGAAUAUUCCAAAGCCAAUGCCAUGUAUCCCAUUCAUGAUUAUUACUUGGAGGAUGUUAGCAAACUUAUUGGCAUGACUUUUGUUGAGCCAAGUACAUGUCCUACGGGAGUUGUGCAAUCUAUUCAGCUUCAUACCAUUAUUUUGAUGCUGAAGGAGAUGUUAAAAUUUUUGGCGAACACAGCAGCACCGCAACACAGCAUUCUUGUUUUUGUGCCGGGUCGUACAGUUGUGGAACAGAUAUCUUUGUGGAUUCGGAACAAUCUGGGCGAUCAGUUGGACCCUAUUCCAUGGUACCGUGAUAUUGAGCUUGGGUUCAUUCAGGAAGCACUUCAGCGGGAGUCUGUUACAAAAAAGAAGGUCUACGUUGCCACAGACAUAGCCGAGGUGUCUUUGACUUUGCCAGAUGUUGUGUUUGUCAUUGACUCCGGCACGGCUAAGAGACCGCAUAUUAUUGAGACCAACCCCAACUCGGUGGCAUUUCCGCCUCUGGAACUUGUUUGGGAAAGUUCGGUAAAUAUGCUGCAGCGCCGUGGCCGUAUUGGACGGGUGCAACAGGGGUUUUUCUUUACUCUUUUGUCCCGAAAGCAGGCGCAACAGUUGUCUCCAAAUGAAUCUCGCUUGGGGAAUGCCGUAUUGCAUGAAAUUGUGCUUCACUGCCUUCACUUGACACCCUCACCAUUUCUAAUGUUUUCCUUAUGUCGUGAAAAGCCUCGGAAGGUAAGUGUGGAAUUGAGUCUUUCAACGCUCUGUGAUGGUGGGUAUAUUGUGCCGGAGGGGGAUUGUGGAUCAUUGAUUGAGGCAAUCGAUAACACCAUAAAUCACCGUGUGAAGGACGCAUGGAGUGCGCUUAUUGCGGAUGCAUAUGCGUCCAGAAAGGAUGAUAAUGACGUGUUGGGUCUCCCGUUGGCUCAACAUCGCUUUAAAUUGUCUCUGCGUGGGCUGAUUGUUGGGGGGCUUCCCCUUGGUGUGGAGCCGGGCACUAUUGUGUUCAGCGGGCUCAUUAUGGGUCUUACGACACUUUCUGUUAUUGCUGCAUCUUGCGUCUCCUGCAACACACCCUUCUAUGUGCCGUACAAUGCGACGGAUAAGUUACAGCGGUUACAUCUUUUGAAUGAGGUGGAGAAAUUUAUGCGAAUAUUUAAGGGGGAAUACUACAACGAUGCACUUUCUGCCGUUGGCGCAGUCAUUGCUUACAUGGCGAUGCAGCGUGAGGGUAUAUCGGAAGAGGGGCAGAACGCAUGGUGUGAAGAACGAUAUUUGAGCCGGGCUCGUAUUACAGAUAUUCUUCUUGUAGCAAAGCAAACAAGGGAACAACUUGCCGCUAUAGUUCCCUUUGAAGACGUUACAGAUGUGGAUGAGUUAAUGGAGCAGUAUAAUGAAAAUGCAUUAACACUUUCUUUUAUUUGUUCAGCAGCUCACAUGCACCACGGCAUUUAUGUGCUUUUUGAUGCGGGUGUCGCACAGAAGAAGGGAUAUGCCGGAAGUGGUGUAUUUGUGAACAUCAAUUGUUGUAGGGAUCGAUCGGUGCCAACCACGUGCCCAUGGGAACGCGACACGGUGUGCAUCCCUUUUACCGUACAAACUGUUUACGGGCGUCUUUUGGGUUCGUUCUCCUCGCAGCUUAAGCCAGAGGUGUUUAACGUCAUGCUGUUGUUGCUAAGCAGUCGCUUUGUCUACGAGGAAAUCCAUGAGGACGCGGAGUCAGUUACGUUUGAGGUGGCCCAAAGCGGUAGUUGUGUGUACAUCAACAGCGAUAGGAUAACCGCAUUGCAGUUGCUACAGCUUCGACGGUUGAUGUGUGCCAGACUGUGCGUGCUGCAUUUUCUUAUGCAACAUGAGGCGGCACCCAGCGAUAAUGACGCGAUAGCAGAGCAUUUGCUGAGGACGGGGAGUGACUUUGGCAUACCGCCAGGCAUGGAGCAGCAACCACAUCUCCUCUCUUUCAUGAUUACUUCUUCCUUGACGAAGGUGGUUCAACGAAUUGGGGCGACGAUUUCCACGAAUUGCGACCGGAGGGUGUCCGGUGUUCCUGCAAAUUCGCAGCCCUUCUGCAGGGUUACCGAGCGUCCAGCGCACUUUCACCCUACGCGGCAGUCAGCCCUUCUGUUUUCAAGCAACGGUUGUGCGCCGUAUGAGUGCCCAGCAGGUGCAAUGACGCCAGUUUACCGUGAUCCGCAAGCAAACUUAAUUGCAUAG